AUGGCAGAGAAGGCGCAAGUUCAAGCCCCCCAAAGGGCUGCCCAUCGCUCAACUCCUCCUGACACCCCUAGGUCGCCCAAAACAAUAACAACCGUCCUCCUGGUUAAUAACAUCCACUGUACCUCCUGCGUGGCAUACGCGAGAGAAGUUCUCUUCGGGAUACCGCAUGUCUUCAGCGUUGACGUUUCAAUUCUCGCCCAAGAAGUCCACGUCCGCCACAGCCAACAGGUAUCGUCCACUGAUCUUGUACGGGGCCUUACUGACGCCGCCUUCGAGAUCUGUCAUGCAGACUCUCGAGAUGAGUCUGGCAACAAAAUAAGUGACAUAGACGUUUCCUGGCCUGCGAGUCGAUGGAUAGACCGUCGUAUGUGGAGCCCUGGCUCGCAUCCUGACAAGGCUGCCUGGAGCAGGAAGAGGGCUCAUAUAGAAAAUUGCGAUGCUUGUCGGCUGGAAGAGCCGGGUAAGUAUACAGGAGGUGAUAAGAAGAGGUUGUCGAGUCUCUCGCAGUCUGAGGUGGUGGAGGAAAAGCUAGGAUUGGGUGUUUGCAGCGCCAAGAAGCAAGGGGAUGUGGAAACGCAAGAAUUCUCGAACAAGCAAUACAGUGAUGUCGAUGUUGAGAAAGGUCUCGUUCCUUCUACGGAGGAAUAUGAUGCAUACAUCAGCAUAUUUGGAAUGUCCUGUUCAUCAUGUGUUGGCACGUUGACGACAGCUAUUAAGCAGCUUGAUUUCGUGAAAUCCGUCAACAUAGCUCUUCUGACACAUAGCGCGACUCUCACAAUGUUGGGCCCUAGGGAGAAUAUCGACAAGGUUCUGGGUUUGAUUGAUGACCUUGGAUUCGAAGGAACUCUUGACAACAUUUCUGAGAAGUUGCCUAGGACUUCCCGAGACGUAUUUGUGGCCACUGCCAGCAUCGUCGGGAUGACAUGUGGCUCUUGCGUGGGCACGAUAACUCGCGGAAUUCAAGAGCUCCCUUUUGUUAAAAAUGUUGCUGUCGAUCUUCUGGGUGCUAGCGGGAAGAUUGAAUUCGAGGGAAUUGAAAGACUUGGUGAGGUUAUACAGACGGUCCAGGAUCUCGGAUAUGAUAUCGCAGUUACUGAGUGUCUGCCCCUUAAUGGUGAUGAAACUCAAAAGGACAAUAAUGCCCCACUGAAACGAACGGUUGCGAUUAAAGUCGAUGGAAUGUUUUGCCAUCACUGCCCUGAAAAAAUUUUGAAUGCCUUGGAAUCUAUGGAAGAUGAAUCACUUUCAGUGGAUGAAAAUCUUGACCUUAAAAAGACAGUUGUGACGGUCACAUACAAACCCGACCCCCCAUCUAUGACCGUUCGAAGUAUCAUUGCAGCCAUAGAAUCUGCGAAUCCCGCUUUCAAGGCCACUGUUUACCACCCACCAACUAUCGAGGACCGCUCACGUGCGAUGCAGCUUCACGAAAGACGGCGACUCCUCUCACGCUUGCUAUUCACAUUCAUCGCCGCUAUUCCCACAUUCUUUAUAGGCAUCGUCUGGAUGUCCCUGGUGCCGCCAACCAACGAAAUUAGAAAGUUCUUCUACCAACCUAUAUGGGCUGGGACGGUAUCACGUUUGGAAUGGGCGUUGUUCAUCAUUACCACGCCCGUUAUGUUUUACGGUGCCGAUGUUUUCCAUGUCCGUGCUUUUAAGGAGGUUAGAGCCUUGUGGAGACCUAGUAGCAGAGUGCCUAUUCUGCGAAGGUUUUACCGGUUUGGAAGCAUGAACCUGCUCAUUUCUGCAGGCACUUCUGUGGCUUACUUUGCAUCUGUCGCUGUGUUGGCUGUCGGAGCCAGGUCGCAGGGACACCAAGGCCACAUGUCGACAUACUUUGAUACGGUCGUUUUCCUCACAAUGUUCAUUCUUGCUGGAAGGGCCUUGGAAGCGUACAGCAAAGCUAAGACUGGCGACGCUGUUUCUAUGUUGGGUAAACUUCGUCCUUCUGAGGCCCUUUUGGUCGUUGAUUCUUCUGCUCCGGAUUCUCCCCGGAACAACGUCCAACGCGUCAGCGUAGACCUUUUGGAAGUCGGGGACAUCGUCAAUAUACCUCAUGGCACAUCCCCUCCAGCAGACGGGAUUGUAACCGGUCCAGGUUCAUAUAAGUUUGACCAGAGCUCAUUAACGGGAGAGUCGAAACCUGUUGGAAAGAAUGCGGGAGAUAAAGUGUACUCGGGAUCUGUGAAUGUUGGGCAACCGGUAUAUAUUCGGAUAUCCGACAUUGGCAGCACGUCGAUGCUCGAUCAAAUCGUUGCUGUUGUUCGAGAGGGGCUGACGAAACGCGCACCCGUGGAAGGAAUAGCGGAUAUUAUGACUAGCUAUUUCGUCCCAGUAAUCACACUUCUCGCUAUCACGACUUUCGUGGUCUGGCUCGGCUUGGGACUCAUGGGUCGUCUUCCGGAUGAUUACCUUGAUUCAGCCCAGGGUGGAUGGCCCUUUUGGGCUUUGAAAUUCGCAAUCGCAGUUUUUGUGGUUGCUUGUCCAUGCGGCUUGGCUUUGGCGGCCCCCACUGCUCUUUUUGUUGGAGGUGGUCUUGCUGCCAAGCGAGGAAUUCUUGUUAGGGGUGGUGGCGAGGCCUUUCAGGAGGCUAGCCGUCUUGAAGCUGUUGUGUUUGACAAGACGGGAACGUUAACCGAAGGAGGAACGCUACGAGUGUCUGAUCAUGAAGUGUUUAUCAGGGACCAGGAGCAGCAGCAGGUCGCCUGGAAAUUGGCGCAGGUUUUGGAGGAGAGCAGUACACAUCCAAUUGCAAGAGCGAUAUCCAAUUUCUGUGCGGAGAAAUCUUCUAUAUCUCUCAUUUCGUCGACAAUUACCGAGAUCCCCGGUCAAGGCAUGAUGGGUAAGUUCUCAAUGGAGGUAAAAAGUCCAAGCUCUGUUGAGCACUUUGUAGGAAUUGAAUACGAGGCAGCGAUUGGAAGCCAGCGACUACUCGAAACUCUCCUCAGCAAAGAGGAGGCUGAUCGUUAUUUCCUGUCCAACACUCUCACAAAAUAUCAGUCUGAGGGAAAGUCCACCGCCAUCCUUUCCAUCCGCAAAAUAUCAGAUACCUCCUCCACAUUUACCCCUGCCAUCGUCUUCGCGACAUCCGACCCAAUACGAGCAGAAGCAGCAAAUGUGAUUUCUAGCCUCCAGUCGAAGAACAUCGAAGUUUUCAUGUGCAGUGGAGAUAACUCAAUGACAGCAAAUGCUGUGGCCUCUGCAAUUGGCAUACCGGCAUCGAACGUCAUGGCCAACGUCCUCCCACAGCAAAAGGCAGAAUAUAUCCGUCAAAUACAGGAAACAAAACUUUACAAUGCCGACGCCACCAACAAUAGCAAAAGGACUAAAAAGAAACGCAUCGUCGCCUUCGUUGGUGACGGCACAAACGACUCCCCCGCUCUCGCUGCCGCAAAUGUCAGCAUAGCCAUGGCCUCCGGCUCCGAUAUCGCCAUCAAUUCCGCAGGCUUCAUCCUCCUCAACUCAGAGCUGAACACCAUUCUCGAACUGUGCACCCUCAGCCACCGUGUCUUCAAUCGUGUCAAAUGGAACUUUGGUUGGGCAGUGGUGUAUAAUGUGCUUCUGGUGCCUAUUGCUGCAGGAAUCCUUUAUCCCAUUGUCACGGGAACAAUGAUGGGAGAUGAUGGGAAGAUGGUGAACAAGCAUUGGCGGCUUGAUCCUGUCUGGGCUAGCUUGGCCAUGGCGUUGAGUAGUGUUUCGGUGGUAUGUAGCAGCCUGGCGCUGAAGAUUGAGUGGAGGAGGACUAGAGCGUGCAUCGAGAAGAAGGUGCAUGAUUGGCGAAGGGGGUGA